AGUGUGGGCUCGCAGAUCCUUUUAUACUGUGUUGUGUGUGUUGCGUGCAGCGCAACGGUUGGUGUCGGUGCGCGCUGUGCGGAUUUAGAGGGCUUUCUCGGACAGGGUGGACAGGCGAUGUGCGUGUGCCUGCCAAAGUACAUCGGCAUCACCACCACUGCCUGGCCAGCUCCACCUAAAACGGGAUGGAGCACAGCGAUCCAUUGGCAGAUCAUACCAUCAUUGCGGGCAGCGUAGUGGGAAGGACGUGGGAUAGCAAGUGUUUGAUAGCAGGACAGUGAGAAUGGCGUCACACGUGGAAAGGACGCUGAAGCAAUUGUACAGGGAUGCCGUGGAGGACUACUCGUCCAUCGCUAAGCUGACUGUUCGCCAUGAUUCCGAGGAGUAUCAGGCGCGUGUUGGGAAGGCGAUUGAUGAGUUUGUAGAACUCAAGACUACAAUCACUGGCAGAGGGAUAUUCUCUACGAACGAGUCGUUUGAAGACAUCAACACCUCUGAGAUCAAGUAUCUGGUUGUGGAUUACCAUUUGGCCAACCUCUACCAGGAGUUCCAAGGACAGUCACGGGUCCAGAACUUGAAGAAGAGCAUUAUAUGCUAUCUUCACUUCUUGACCAAUCUGGCUAACUAUGGGCUGCUGGAGAAAUCAGAAGAGGCAAAGGUCGAGCUGCUGAAGAAGGAGCCAUUUACGUUACAAUCGUUACAUGUCGAUGCCCAGUUGCGAAGAGAUGAGAAGAUUGCGAACUACAGGUUGGAGAAACAACUAGCGGUGAAGUUGGAGCAGUUGGACAAGCUGGAGAGCAACGAGGAUGACUAUAACAAUGCGGAUGAAGAGUUGAUUAGAGACUUGUCAACAAGCGAGUUGAAACUGUUCACCAUCAGGAGCUUUGAUACAAUCAGGGUAUUACAACAGGAGUUGGAGAUUAUGAUGAAUGCACCAGAGGUGAAACUGCAGGAGAUCGAGGAUGAUGAUCCGAGACAACGUAAGAAUGAUCCGACAAAGUUUACAGACAAGCUGGAAUAUGUCAACAAGGAUGUCUUGUCCAAAGAUGGCAAGAUUCUUAGACCGUUUACCCUGAUGAAGAGGUCAGAUUUGCAGAGAAAUGUCUAUGGAACAGGCCAGUAUCUACCAACCAUGACGGUGGAAGAGCUCUUGGAGCAAGAAUUGGCGAAUGGAGGAAUGGUUAAUGGUAGUGGCGGGAAUGACGGUGCGUAUGGAAGCGACCAGGAUGAAGAUGAUAUGGAGAAAGCAGACGAAGAGACCUACAAGAAACGACAAUGGGACGACUUCACAGAGUCACACGCAAAGGGAAGUGGUAAUACGAUUAACAGAGGGUGAGUUUAGCAUGUAUUUGUAAAGAAAUUACUGAUAACUAUCUCAAUAUAAAACGUUAGUAAGACUGGUAUAAAGCCAAAUCAACAUCACUUGGUACAAUGUACAAACAGUAAUCAGCCUGACAUGCAAAUCUAGGUAAAAAUUUUUAAUCCUUG